CUAUCUUGCAGCACACAGUCAGUGCCUGGUAGCGAUUUAGACGAGGGCGUAUGUAUGGGCUAGAGGCAGCAGUGAAUGCAUUUCCCACAGACUGUGGUCGCACUUUUCUCCUCGCAUACGGAUUACCACUGAGUUCACAAAUUGCCUAAACGCAGCAUCUCAUUUUUCCCCGCUCCAUUUCUCCAUUUGAAGGCCUGUCACAGAGUAAAGUGGCUCGGUGUGCGUGUGUUUAGUCAGCGGAGCGAGAGCAGCAGUGUGUCCCCGAUGGCUGGCUGGAAGGACGGCUCAGUGCAGGAGAAAUAUCGCCUGGUGGUCGUCGGAGGUGGUGGCGUCGGAAAAUCAGCAUUAACCAUUCAGUUUAUCCAGUCAUACUUCGUCACUGACUAUGACCCUACGAUUGAAGACUCCUACACAAAACAGUGUGUGAUUGACGAGAGGCCUGCGCGGCUGGACAUCCUGGAUACAGCAGGACAGGAAGAGUUUGGAGCCAUGAGAGAACAAUACAUGAGGACAGGGGAGGGCUUCCUUCUCGUCUUCUCAGUCACUGACCGGGGAAGCUUUGAAGAGAUCUACAAGUUCCAACGACAGAUCUUGAGAGUGAAGGACCGGGAUGAAUUUCCCAUGAUUCUAGUGGGUAACAAAGCUGAUCUUGAGCAACAGAGACAAGUGACCCAGGAGGAGGGCCAGCAGCUCGCCAGACAACUCAAAGUCACAUACAUGGAGGCCUCAGCUAAGAUCCGUAUGAAUGUAGACCAGGCUUUCCACGAGCUGGUCCGAGUCAUAAGGAAGUUCCAGGAUCAAGAGUGCCCACCCUCGCCGGAGCCCACGCGCAAAGAGAAGGAUAAGAGCGGCUGCCAUUGUGUGAUUGUCUAAUUGGCUUCUCCCUGCUGCCACUCUCCCAGCUGCUGUCACCAGUCCCUGUCCCCAACCCUGCCUUCUGACAUCACAUCCUGUGCGGAUGAACUCGCUGCCUUUCUACAUGUGCAUAUCUUCAAAACAGCAGUCUCUCUCAUAGCCUUAUCGGGGGCAUCUGUGCCUCUAGGACUUCACUACUAGAAGAACCAAACUGACGCAAUCUUGAUCGAACUCACCACUGUACCUUCAACUGGAGUACUGACAUCAGUGUGACCUACAAUAUGGUAAUUGUGUCCCAACACUAAACAUCGCUUCUUACAAAUUUGCUAUAAAACACACACACACACACAAUUCCGUUUUUUGUAUUUUGAAGAUUUCUUUUUCUCUUGCCUUGUGACAUUUGUACUUUUGUUGAGAUCGAAAGACUAAACGAUACACCAUCGGGAUUGCAGACGACUUUUAGUUCCUGAUCUUUCACAAGAUCUAGAGUGAGAUGGUGUUCUGAAGCUUUGUGUGUGUGUCGUGCCAUAUCUGGUUUUACUUCCAUAUGCUAAGCAGUGAUUGUACAUAAGUAAAGAUUCAUGUGAGUUGAAACCACCUUUAUAAUGACAAAACUCAGUCGCAGAGUAUCGUGUGUGAGAUUGACAAGCUUGUUUUGACAUGGAUUAAAACAAUAAUGCACUCGCAGAUAUGUACAUAGAUAGCCUCCAACAUUAUGCCAAUUUUGUCAGCAGUGAAAUCAGUUUCCUUUUAGCUUCAACUUUAAGAUGAAGCUACUUUGCAUGUAUGGAUUUGAUUCUUUUAAAGAGAUAUUUUACCUAAAAAUGAAAAUUUAUUCACCCCUCAUCAGUUUCAAACCUAUUCUAAACCAACACUUUUUGUCUGCGGAAUUUUUUUUUUGUCCAUACAAUGAAUAGGGUUGUUUUAUUUAUUUAAUUUAAUUUUCUCAUAUUUAUACAGAGUCUGACCUGAAUUGCAUGAAUGCAAGAGAAACAAUUUCUGAGUUUGUAAAAAAAA